CUCACUGCAGGACUGCAGCCGUGACCUCCCUGUACUAGUAAUCCUAUAAUAUUGGUGCAUCAGUCAGAUUAUGCCUUUUUUUUUUGAUUGGGGACAGACGCAUUCUCAGUGCAGCUAGAACCAAGGGGAAAUUUGCAUCCUUCAGAGCAUCACCUCAAAAUUUGCCCCUUUAAACUUUUUCUUUACCUAUCUGUUAACAUAUCCAGAGCUGGAAUGACACACUUCUUUUUUUUCCUUCUCAAAUACAGAGAAGACUACAAGCAGAUGCCUGAUGACGAGAGUAAAAACCACUGAGGCAAAGUUACCGUGGAGGGAUCGAACAAGGCACUAGGACCUAGGAGGCGUCUCAUCCACCCUGGCAGGAAUUUCUUGCUUGGAGCUCAGACAACAAAGGCAGAGUGAGCCUGGUUUUCUUUCUCUCAGCAUCUCCACCCUGCGCACUGAAAACCGCUUCAGAUCUUUAGGGUUCACCAAACUAUGGAACUUGAUUUUGGACACUUUGACGAAAGAGACAAGGCGUCCAGAAACAUGCGAGGCUCACGUAUGAACGGGCUGCCCAGCCCCACUCACAGUGCUCACUGUAGCUUCUACAGAACCAGGACCUUACAGGCACUGAGUAAUGAAAAGAAAGCCAAGAAGGUGCGUUUCUAUCGCAACGGGGACCGCUACUUCAAGGGGAUUGUAUACGCCGUGUCCUCUGACCGCUUCCGAAGUUUUGAUGCUCUCCUGGCUGACCUGACCCGAUCCCUGUCUGACAACAUUAAUCUGCCUCAGGGAGUCCGUUACAUUUACACCAUCGAUGGGUCGCGGAAGAUUGGGAGCAUGGAUGAGCUGGAGGAAGGAGAGAGUUACGUCUGCUCAUCUGACAACUUCUUCAAGAAGGUGGAAUACACCAAGAACGUCAAUCCCAACUGGUCUGUCAACGUGAAGACAUCUGCUAACCAGAAAGCACCUCAGUCUCUGGCCAGCAGCAACAGCGCCCAGGCAAAGGAGAACAAAGAUUUUGUGCGUCCCAAGCUGGUGACCAUCAUCCGCAGCGGCGUGAAGCCGCGCAAGGCGGUCCGUGUGCUCUUGAACAAGAAGACUGCCCAUUCGUUUGAGCAAGUUCUCACCGACAUCACUGAAGCUAUAAAGCUGGAGACGGGAGUGGUCAAAAAGCUCUAUACCUUGGAUGGGAAACAGGUGACCUGUCUCCACGAUUUCUUUGGGGAUGAUGAUGUGUUCAUUGCCUGUGGUCCAGAAAAAUUCCGCUAUGCACAGGAUGACUUUUCUCUGGAUGAAAGCGAGUGCCGGGUGAUGAAAGGGAGCCCCGCGGCCGCCACGGGCAGCAAGUCCUCUCCCACCCCGCAGAAGAGCUCAGCAAAGAGCCCAGCGCCCAUGCGCCGGAGCAAGUCUCCAGCCGAUUCAGGUAACCACCAAGACGCAAAUGGGACCUCAAGCAGCCAGCUGUCGACACCCAAAUCAAAGCAGUCCCCGAUCUCCACACCCACCAGCCCAGGGAGCCUCCGGAAGCACAAGGACUUGUAUCUGCCUCUGUCUUUGGAUGACUCCGAUUCCCUUGGAGAUUCCAUGUAAAGCCACAUGAAGCUAAAUGUCCAUAUUGCAAGCUAUGGUUAAGAUACAGUAGAGUACUUCUGCCAAAAUAAGCAGAUAGGUGACUGGUGCUUUUAAAUCAGACAAAGGACACACAGUUAUGAUGUCAUUUUUUUUUCUGUGAUUUAUCCUCUGUGCCACAAAUCAACACCUGCCAGUCUAUAGAGAUAGAGGGAUACCAUUCUUCUAAGUUCUAGGGAUUCAAAGUGGAUAUUGUGUGCAAUUUGGGGCCAAUACACCAAUGAUCCUGUGCAUUUCCCAUGUUCUUCUAUUAUUUCUUCUGCUGCUGCAACUAUGUAAUUUUCCUAGUGAUAGCAAAGUAGCUCCCUCUGGAAGUGUGCAAGCGGAUCUCUUGCUGACCAAUUUGCAGGCUGCAGCAAAGCAAAUUAUAUUCUCCACCUGUCCAAAUUGCCAAGGUUUGCCAGCUCACCUGUUCCUCAUUUGCAGCCCUGAUUUUAGCACCUGCAUACUAACGAGUAUUGGUUUUAUUGUUGGAGGGCAGGAAGAGCAAUGACUUACUAGUUUGAUGCUUAACAUGCCAGCAGAAUCUUGGAUUAAAUUAGGAAUCGUCACAUAAGGUGCUGAGUAAGGUUAGUACAAUAGUGAUUCAAAUAUUGGGAUUUCUUUUUUUUUAAUGAUUAAGCAAAAAACUGUAAGUUAGCUGAGUUAUCUGGAGUGAAACAUCUUUCACGUAUCCAAAGAUACUGCUAGCUGGGAACAAACUCUUACACCUACGCUAUGGUAUCUCUCUAUCUCUGUUUGUAACAGCAAUGCCUUGUGAACAGCCAACACUGAAAACACUGUGAACAUUUGUUUUCAGGUUUGACACCCUAUAGAUCACUUUUUAUAGCAAGAAAUCAAUACACUUUUUAUAAAGGAAAACGUUGUAUCUGUGUUUUGGGAGCAAGGAUUCCAGAUCCUUCUUUUUUAUAACAGCUGGUAAUUUUCUUUUGUUUAAAAAACACAUGCAGAAAAAUGUACAAAAAAAAACCAACCCACAAUUGCGGAACAGUAAUAACAAUAGCUCAGUUUAGAAACCUUGUUAUCACUGCCAAAACAGAUGCAUGUAGGGGGAAAAAAAGGUCAGUUCAAAAUAUUGAAUGUUUUGAUAGCUUUUGUAAUGCUUAAGACUACAUAUUUGGUUUUUUACACUUCCGUAUUCCUAACUAUGGCCAGAUUCUCUACUUAGCUAACAAAUGGAAUUUUGUGGUGCUCAAAAACCCAUCUUUUAAGAAACUCUUCUUUCUGACAAAAACAAACUUACUGUAUUUAGAAAAACCUUUUGCUUUUGUUAAUCAGUAACGACUCCUACGGAAUGCAGAGUUCAUCCAUUCACGCAGGGCUGGUGGUUUUUACUGCGCCGAAGCUUUGUCACAGGCCGGCUGGCAUUGCCUCCCUUCUCAUGGAAUAAGCUUGCGAUGAAACAGAUGACUAUGGAACUUUGCCGAAACGAAAUCUGUGCAAUCCAAUCUUUCUUUGUUGCUCUAUUUGCCUUUGUUUCAACAUGCACACCUAUUUCCUAUCGCCUCGCAACCCCUUGUGAUUGGAAUGAAUUAGAACGUUGUGAUGUUUGAUGCUCUGUGAAUGCUGGGUUGUUCCCAAAGCCACUCCACGUUUUGUUUGCUUGGAAUGCUGGUGUGAAACAAUCUGUGCAGGCUGCGUCUUUAGAGCUUCACGUGACAAUACAAUGCAACUUAUCUGAGAGAGGCCAGGAUUGGGAAUUAGCAAGGGGUCAGAGUUAUCAUGCACCAGAUUUGCACCCAGUAGUCUUAGUGCAUGAUCAUUAACACCCGGAGUUUUGCACAAGAAAUAAUUUGUUCCCACAAAAAACUUCAUUUAAUCCAAUAACGCUUUGACUACGCAACUGUUAAAUGAUACUUUCACCUGUUGUAUAUAGAAUCCUGGGUUUAGUUCAAAGGCCAAGGGCUCAUGUUGAAGGUUUUGGGGGAAAGGAUGGCAGUGUGGACAAAACACAAGUGCAGUAGUCAGGGCACCUCCAUUCAGCCCUUGGUAUUGCUGAAUUUAGUGUCUGAACAGGAGCAGGUCUCUUAGUAACCCUGUGCCUCAAUCUGUCUGUCUGUCCCUACAGGGACAAUACUGUUUCUACCUCACUAGGGUUUGUGAGGCCAAAUGUUGGUUAACAUUUGUAAAGUGCUUUCAGAUCCUCUAACAGAAGGUGCUGAAGUAUCCCGGGUGCAGAUUUGGUUAUGGGUGCUAAUUUUUGGCUGUUUAAUCUUGUGGGUGCUACUGUAGACACUGGUCAUGAAAAAAUGACUCUUUAAGCAUAUAAGGAUGUCAAAGGCCAUGGUUGUUCUACCAAUAUUAUUCAUCAGAGCUUUUGUCUUAGUAAAAGCUUUAGUGGGAUGGAUAAUUUGAUGUGCUUUUACCUGCUCAUCUGUUCUGUUGGUGUAAAUCUCAGAGUCCCUCCCCAGGUUGCCUUCCCAGGGAGCCUCACUAGUAGUCAUGACCCUGCCUGCUGGAGAUGAUGGACUUGGACUCCAGUCAAAGGUGGUGUCACUCCAGUGACACAGGCCAUUCCUGUCACAGUCAGGGUCAGCAUGUCCUGCCACCUUUCCUCUGAGUCUCUGCUAAACCAAGAGACCAGCCAUGAAAUCACAUCUAGGUUCUCUUGAAUUCAGUACGGGGCACUCACCGCAGAUCCACCAGGAAAACCUAGAUCUUUGAUAUCCAUGAGCAGACUGAACUGCUAGAGCUCAUGGCCACAAGAAAUGAGUCUGAGAUGUGUCUUCGUCCAGGAUCGGUGAGUUCAGUUUGGAUAAGGUAAAGCAGGAUCCCAAGGGGUGAAUGCACCUUUGGAUGGAUGGUUGUUGAGGCAGCUGUUGAGAAGUGGUUCCUUUCCUUCCUGCCACAAGCAGCGUUUGGUUAUUUGAAGAUGCUCUUCCUGGUGGAGCAUGCUAAGGAAUCACCGCGGCCGCCUUCCUGAGCUGCACCUGGUGACAAAGCCUAAACCCCAUCCUGCAAAUGCUCCCUUGGGAGUGGACUCGUGUUUCCAUGAGGAUCAUCCCAGGCUGGGGCUGAGCCCGACGAUUCCCUCAGGGAACUGGGGGGACCUUGAAAAGGCCUACAAGAAGAAAUAAAACAAAUGUUCAGUGGGAAAAAUAGCCAUUCAAACCAGCAGAAGCCACAAAGAAAACAGGGUAUGAGGUCAAAUGCCCAAGUUUUAAAAAGCAAUUUUCUAGGUAGAAAUGCCUGGGCAGUAGGAGAAGUCAGUGAGUGUUUCAGCUGUAACAUAUAGUUAAGUCUGUAUUAAUGCCAAUAUUGCAUGAGUUCUUGUACAGAAAUGCAUGUGGAAUGUUACCUACAUUCCAGACUAGUUCUCUUUGGCUUUGUAGGAUCCCUAACAUAGAUUUGAACACAAAGAGAAACAAUUCACAGGCAUUGUACCUUAGUCAUUUAAAUAUAAGGACAGCCUUGAUUGAGGAAAUAAUUUAAAGUCAUGCUUAAAUUUUAGCACAUACUUUACUCCUGUUCAUUUUUCGCUAGAUAUAAGCUUGGGUUUGGUCAGAAAGCUUUCCUGAACUGCAAUGAAUUAGUAAUUACUUUCAAUAUAAUAUAGUAAUUCCAGACCCUGUGAGGCCCUGGAACAGAUUAUAGUAAUUCCACUAUAUACUCCAGAGUUUAUCUUUUUUUUUCCCUACCUUUACAAGCACAUAAAACUCCACAGGAUAUGAGGAUUCGCCAUAUUAAUUCUGCUAUAGAAACCCCAUCUAAUUUCCCUCUUGAGGCUGCCUUUAGUGUUUUCAGAGACUAAUUGAAUCACGAAGACUAUAUUGUUUUAAAACAAUACAGUAUUAAAAAAUAAAAUGGAGGGAGUCUUCAAGUAGUAGGGCUUUGUUUCUUUGAAACCUGCCUCUAUUCAGUAUCUAGGAUAUUUUAGCAAAUUGUAUAUACAGUGAAAAUACCUGUUUCAGACACAGUCAUUAGGAAUGAAUUAAAGCAAUCCUCCAAGCACAGACUGAUCUAUGUAGUAUUCCUGAAUCCCAGUGAUUGCCUUCACUUUAGGAGAUUGGGGCAAUGCAGCAAUAUCUUCAGCCUUAGGAUUUUUGUCACUUGUAAAGCAUUUAUAUCCUGAAGUUUCUGGGUUAAAGCCUUGUCUGUUGUAAGAUUUGGAGCUACUUCAGUUCCACCAGCUGAACCGCCAACCAAGACUCUGCACCUUGAAGGAGUUUGGCAAUGGGACUUUACCUUGGUCCACUCUGCAGUGGGAGAUGGAAAUAGCUUUUGUGUACCAUUGUCUGUGCUUCCUAAAUCUGCACAUUACUUAGAGGCUUUUCAGGAGCGAGAAUCACUAAGUAUGCUAUUUCCAUCGACAUCAGAAAAAUAACUAUGCUUAGAAAACAACUUCCAGGGCACCUUGUGGAAUCGCUCAGGCUGGAUCCCCCCUGCACGGGUGCUGCUGCAGCCCCGGGGGCCACAGCCUCUAGGGGCUGAGGUGUCACUGCUCUGAGAGCACAGGACGGUAUUUUGUCACAUCCAUUCGAGGCAAUUGCAGAGUUGUCUGGUACUAUAGUAGAGACAGAAUCCUUUUUAGAGAAAGGAAGAAAAAACAGCCAAGUAAAGUGGGUACAAAAUUAGUCCAGAAAGUGUCUCUUCAAGCUAAGACAAUCCACCAGCAGGAAGAAGCUAUACAGAGGUGCGUUUACCACACAGAAGGUCGUGACCAAGACAGAGCAAAACAGCUUAUUUUUCUAGUGCAAGUUGUUUUUGUGGUAGCUGAGGGAAGCAGGCUGGGGCAGCGUUUGGCACUGGUGAGGUUCUGUGUAGAAGCAGGUGGAUGGCACAAGGUGGAGAUCCUUUCUGUCUAUCUGGAGAAAGAGUGAGGUCAGCCCGUGCAACAGGAUUAACGCUUCACACAAGAUACCUGGAAGAGAUCCAGCUGAAACACCAUCUUGGUGUAAUGAGACCAAGAAGGUUAAGACUUUAAGUGCCUUCCAGAAUGCUUUGGGCUCCAGAAGCAGGACUAUACAAGUGCUCAACAAUGCCUAGGUGAAAAUGGCCUUGAAAAAAGGGGACAGGACUGACUUUGAUUCUUGAGACGUUUAGCCCAUCUGCAUUUAUUUAACCAGCUCUUGCAAAUCACUGUUUCCGGAGUCACAGAUUUCUUCUGGCUGAGGCCUCUGUCCCAUCUCUAUGAAUACGAACAGGCCUCUCCGUGGUAUCUCAGGAAAUGUUAAAGCUGAGUCUUGUGUCUCGCAGCAUAGCUGCUCCUCACCAAUGGCGGAGGGAACUGGGCUGGGUUCUGCUGCAUUGGUUAUAGAUUCUGUCGCUCAGAUAUCCUUCACCCUUCUUCUAGGCUCCUGGUGUCUCAUUCUGGUGCCUCCAUGUGAAGGGCUGAGGCCAGCAAUGUGUAUAGACCCCGCAUUUUGUUUUGUGUCCUCUGGAACAGAUCUAACCAUUUGAUGUUUGUCUGAAGGUCUGGAGCCAAGCUGACAAAACCCGAUGUUUUAAUAGGGAGAGGGGAGACGCUCAGAGAUUGUAAGUGGCUGGACAGAAAGGCUCUUUUUUUUCAGCAAUGCGAUUGCAUAGCUGCUCUGACAGAAUCCCAGUUGCAGGGUAUGAGUUCUGCUUCUGCAGAUGAAGAUGUGGAGCUCGGUGGUCACAGACCACUAUCCAUCCCUCAGGACACUCUGUUUGGAGAAGGCUAAAAUCACUGAUACACAUUUUCACCCAAUAGAUGAGCUUCUGAGCAAAUGAGAAUCAAACCUGGUGGAUUCAGCAGUGGGAUGUCAGAGCUAUUGGGAUGUCAGAGCUACUGGUCUUUGGUGUAAAAGUGGACAGAGCAGUUGUCCUAGUGCCAUGGGGUCGCAAUACUCACCUCCAUCUGUAAGGUGCUUUGAGAUAAGCUGAUACAGAGAGCUAUGGGAGAGCUUGCUCUUAAGAUUUAUUCAUUACUUAGCAAAGUCAGAAGACCUUAUAGAAGCAAACCGGUCCAUUGUCUUUAGCAAGUCUUUUCAGAAACUCUGGCUCUCUCAAAAUUAUGCCGUAAAAAUGCUUCAUCGUUUUACUAAUGGUGAAAGACAGACGCAUCACUUUUAGUUAUCCCCAAAUGCGUGAAGCCAGCAACACCCCGGAGCAGGACCACGUCCUCAUCCAGCAACCCGCUCUCUCAUCUGGAGUUGCCACCUCUGGCCUGAAUACAGUCCCCUGCUGCCCCUCUUUUUGUGACACGUAUGUGUACAUAUUGGGGGCAAUUCGUUUUACCAUUCAAAAUGUGGGCCCUGUAUUUGUAAAUGAUAAAUAAGGCUGGUGAUUUCAGUGGCCUUCUACCAAGAAAACAGUGGGCCUGUUGUUGAAAGCUUUCUUGUUUAGAAAGUGUUCAUGGCCAGACGGCUUCAUGGGAAAGAGCUGCCUUUCAGUUUCAUUGCUUAAUGCACAUUGUUGAAUUAACCUAUUUUGGCCCUUGCUCUGUAUCUCAAUGAACUGUAACUCAGGACUCUUGAGGCAGUUUAGAGUUUCCCCAAGUCUGACAGUUUAUCACUCAAAUGACUGCAGAAGGAGGAUGCCCAAAGGGAAUUAACAAAUGUUUGCAGUAAUUAGAGUCUCUUGGCUAAAAAACAGAAAGUUGGCAUCAUUAGAGAAAGAUGCCAUGAUGGCCAGUGUCAUGGGAAACAAAGAAAACAGACUUCUUUCUAAGAGGAAUGGCAGGGGGAAUUUAUUAGGAGUUAUUUACUGAAUGAUGAAAUGAGCUUGAACUUCACAGAAAAUCAAAUGGAAGGGAGAGCAUGAGGCAGAGCGCUGGAAGCAUCCGUGCCAUUGUGUGGGACUAACGAAAGACAAAAGCCAAGAAAAGUUGAGAGAUAAACAAAAGGGGAGGCUGGGGCUGGCUGAGGACCCACAGCCUGGGCUGGACAGAAAAGCAGCCGGGGUUCCGGGCUGUGUGGUGAGCGAGCUCCUGCCCCUGCAGGUAUCUAAGCAGGGAUGCAGCCACACCACUGUGUGUCCCACUCCCCAUGGCAGAAAUAAGGUCACACUUGGCCACAGGCAGCAGAGCUUAAGGCUUGAAGCUCUUCCCCUGCUCCUGUUUAAUCUCCUGCCAGCACGUGUCAUCCCUGAAAGGCGGGAGGGCAGGUCCAGCCCUUUGCUGAAUGACAGCACCAACCUGGGGUUUGGGUUUAUUUUUAUUCCUCCCUAUCAGAUCAAAAGUAGCAAAGAAUCGGGUGCCUGGGAGGAGGACGGGCGGGAGAGCUGCCGGGGAGCCAGCACACCCUGGCAGAAGGAGCAGCCCCAGGGUGAGGAGCCACCUUGCACUGAGCAGCCCCUUGCACUGCUGUGCAGCCAGAGGCUGGGCUGAUUCCUCCAUGAAACGCCCAGCCCCCAACGUGAGGGCUGCCGCGUUCGAUAAGUCGGUGGAAGCCCACGCUGAACAAGGGGAUCUGUGUUUAACACCCGUUUUCUCAUGAGAUCUUUUUUCUAAAUUCAGGAGAGUUACAGUGCUUGUGAAUUUAAUCCUAAAAGGCAAAACAACUGACUUAUUUCAACACAUUUUUUGCUGUUUAGUCUCAGAUAUUUUUUUUUGCAUUAAGAUUGUACCUCUUGUUUCUGUAGAUUCUCAGACGCUCAAUAUAGAACUAGUGAAACCCAAUACACCUAAUUCUCUGCUACUUUUAAACAGGCAGAAGCUCCUCUGUAAUUAAGGGAGCUGAAUCCAUUUGGUCCAAGGUCUCCUAUUUCAAAGAUUGAUUACUGUCAAUAAUUCUUGUCUGAUUGAUUAUUUAAGUGCAGAUUCAGUUUCCUGGGUGACAGCUGCAGACUUUGCAGAGAAAACCUCAUUGACCCCAGCCGUAAGGUGAUCUCCUGUACAAACACUCUAAUAGCAAGUUAUAAAGAGGAGCUAUUUUGUAUAGUUUUAUUGUAGUUAAUAGUAAAACUGAAAGAGUUUUGUUUAUUGAAAUAUCUUAAAACUUUUAGAACUGAAAAUUAGACCCAGAAAAUAUAGAGGAGACCCUGAUUUGCGAAGGUUCCUUGUUUAAAGAGUUGGCUUUAUCUCACUUUACUCUCCCUUCCGUCUGCCAACAGACACGCUCUGAGCCCAGCAGGUUCACAGAGGUAGAAACAGCAUUUCUCUUUCUAGCCUCACCUCGUACCAAACAGAAUAGACAUUUGUGGUUGGCUCUGAACGUGAAAAGGAAGGUUUGGUUCAUUUUCGAUGACUCAUCUAAACUCAAGGCUGGUUUUAGUUUUUAUCCAGGCUGGUUCUUGCAUCUCCUUUUGCAACAAUUAUAUAUAGGAAAUGGAGAAUAAUUUGAGGCACGUUGGAGCAGUGGGGUUGUUGCAGAGCAGAGUGAUUCACCUGGCGUGUGCGGUCAGAACGGAACACGGUGGUCGGGGUGACCUGAACCAAACCCUGGUUCUGAACACCCAAGUUUCUGAGACACCCACGUGCAGAGUCAAACUGGGGAAAUGUCUGUAAUGGACCAAAUGACCCUGAGCUGGGGCCCAGGCCCAGUUCUCGAACUGAAGAAUUUUAACUCCAGAGAAUCCCUGUGGAACACUGAGUAGGUUUUUUGGUGGUGGUGUUUGGGUUUAGGUUUUUUGUGGGUUUUGUUGUUGGUUGGUUGGGUUUUUUUAAUUCCAGCCUGGCUGUUUUUCUCCAUCUGCUUCCCACCAUUGCACAGCAGAUACGGAUGGGUUUUUCACUCAGUUCACUUUGCAGGUGGCAGUUGCAAUGUUGGGAUAUUCUGUCUCUCUGUCAUGUUGGCUGUGCAGUCACUGAGGGGUUGCAGAACACCACACACCUUUUAUUCCCCCCCCCCCCCCUCCCCUUUACAGCAAAAGAGCUUUUUUCCAGAUUUAGUGUGAUGUCUAAUGAUGUGUCUCCUUAAAAAGAAGAAUGUCUAGGGAAUUAAUUGCACUGUUAAUUGGUGUUUAUAGAUAAGGUGAAGCAGAAGUAUUGAAUGUAAGAACAAGAAAGCCUGUGAGUUAUAAUUACAUGCCAAAUUCUGACAUGUAAAAUUCUUCUUAGUUUUCUUCUUGUUUAAAUCAUGUGUGAUCCAAGCAGCUUUAUCACCGUGGCAGUACUAGUACAGUGACAAUUAUCAGUUUAGAAGACACUUAGGGUCUUUUAGAAACAGAAAUCCUGUCUAGCCAAAUCUCCUUCUAUUCUCUGAAAUGACGACACAUUCCCCUCCAUGAUACUCUCUCUUUUACGACGCUGUGUAGUCCAGAAGCACAGGAAAGGGCUCUCAGCUUGCUGACCUCGCUGUUGCUAGCCUUUGCCUCUUUUCUGAAUCACAAAUAUAAUCACAAGCCAGGGUUAGCAGCUCCCAUCGCAUCCGCCCGAGCUCUUCAGGCCGCUCUUCUCCGAAGAGCAGGAUCCGCCUUGGCCGCGGCUCUGCCCGGGCUGCGCGUGUGCCGAGGGACGGAGACCCGCAGCUCGGCCGCACCUUGAUCACGGGUUACUGUCUUAGGUCAUUCAUUGAGUUCGUAUGAUUUCAUAAUCAAUAACAAAGCUGCAAUAUAAUAUAACUGAGAGGCCACGAUGUAUUUUCUAUUGUCGUUCAGCAGGUGGGCGUUGGAGGGGCAGCCAGGUUUAAAGUUUAGCUGGUAUACUUUAAACUCUGUGUACAUAACCUUGGAGGACACAUGGGUGGUAAGGGUUCGGUUGUUGUUUUGUUGGGAUUGGUAAAAUUCAGUUUGUUUUUGUUUAAAUAAUAAGGUAUUUAAUUGUACAAAGAGCUAUUAAUUUAAAUGGUGUUUUUGUUCUCCUAAAACAGACCUAUCUGACCUUUCUUUUGGCAAACCUGCAGCAAUCCUAAUCACGUUGACUUUUGUACCUUGGGGGAGAGCGUGGAAGGCGAGGGGAAAUGCUUUUCUCUUCAGACAAAUAAUGUUGCCCGUAGUUAACUUUCUGCUUGGCCAUCUACCUUGAGUUCCCUUUACACUGAAUUUAAAGUGAAAUUCUCUUACAGGGACACAACAAGCAGAGGUUAUUCCAAAAGAUCUCAACUGUAUCAUCUUGUAAUAUAUUGCAGCUUUAUGCCAAUGAUUCCUCGCUUACCUGUACACAGUCCAUGCAUGUUUUGAACUAAUUUUGCAUUCUCCAUUUGUGGUGAGUUAUUUAGCAUUUUAACCACCUUUUGUGCCAUUCAACUUGUACAGAAAACAUUUUUAUUGACGUUUAAAAGGGAGGGGGAAGAAACGAUUAAAAAAGCCCCCUUCUGCUCCCUAGUUGUAGGUAGAACUCAGUUACUUAGCAAACAGAUGUAGAUGAGUGGUUGUAGUGUUAGAAAUGUUAGCUUGCUCGUGAACAAGCUUUUGAGAGUAAAUGCAUGGUCCUGUACCUCUCUCUUCUUAAUUAGCUCUUCCUUUCCUCCUGGAAGGAUUCUCUCUCUCUCUCUCUCUCCCUCUCUCUUCUUCUGUCUUUGUCUCUCUCGUGGUUGUAAAGUACAGAUUUGGGCAUAAAUAAUAUACAACAAGGUUUGAAAAGCAGUUCUCAACAGGUUCUCUUGGUGAACUUAUUUCUCACAGCGCCUCAUCUUGGCACUUUGAUUAGACUGUUAACUUUCCCAGUAAAACAGACGGAGAUCAGUCGCCUGUUGCCUCUGCUUGAACUGGGGAACGCAUUAAAUCUUUGGAGUUUGUGUCACUGGUACACGAGGAGAUCUUGCUGAUCCUUUGCAGCUGAGGCAUGUGGCACGUGGUGUACUGGCCGUGGCUUCCACACCUGGUGGUUGUUGUACACGGGUCUGGUCCCGCGGCCCCUGAUUUGCACACGCUUUUUGAUUUCCCUGGAUAGACAGCGGGAGGGGGUGGGGAUGGUGUACUGGAAUUACGUUGUUUGGGGCUCUGCAGACAGCUCCUCCACACUGCCAAGCUCUGAGUUGAGCACGCAGGGAUUACUGUUUAAUAGCUGUGGUUCUGGUGGCAAUGGAGCACAGGAAACAGUCAAAGGGUUGGAAAAGAGGCGUCACUCACAAAGACGGAUUUUGUAAGAAAUGGAUUUUAAAAAACCCCACAAAGCCCUGCCACAAAACCACAAAAUGGACCUAGAUCCACACAUCUACCCCCCAUGCCUCUUCUCCCUUAACAGAAUUUCCUUUGUUAGAAGAUUUGACUUUCUAGAAAACAAUUCCUUUUUUGUGAGGUGUUGUGAACUGUUUUUACUACUUGUAAUAACCAUCCCAGGUCUGAGUAUUCUUGUAAUGCAAUGCCAUGCAGCAGAGAACCUGUCCACUUUAUAGCUUUGCUCUCAAUAUUUGUUACUCAUUGUUUUCUCAUCUAAAUGUACAUUUGCAAGAUGUGUGUAAUGUCAUUUUCAAAAAAUAAAAUUUGGGUUCAAUAUUUAGGCCGAUAAAA